CGCCGUUCUGCCCCCUUCGGCCCGUGGGAUUGACCGGGCCUCGCUGUGUGGGAUGUAGGGUUGCCGCCCCGGGAAGCCCUGAGGGCUGUCCUUGUCCGUGCCACAUCGUGGCGGAGCUUAGCUUCAUUGCUUGACGGGAGCUGACGUUGUUCCUGUGGCGGUGCUGGCUAGACUCCUCCCCCGACAGGCGGCCGCUUUACUUCGACCCCCGUUGGUCUAUCCAUACCGUCUACCACCCACAUCGGAGCCUGAGGAAGGAAACUAUAUCGCUGGUCUACAUGUAGCAUAUCUGGCCAGUUCCAUAAGCCAGAUAAAUAUCCUAGCCAACCACUACUGCCCAUCGUGACUUCUGUAUCCAAAUCAACCUUACGUCAAGAAUACAUCCAAGAUGCCAACGCCGUUGGAUCGUGCUUUGAACUCCAAGAAUCUCUUUUUGGGGUUCACUGGGAUGGUGACAGCUGCGGCCGUCUGGGCUAUUUGGGGUAGCGACAUGUUCCCUGCGGAGCCAGACCCGACAGGAGACCCCGAAACCUGGUCUCAUGAUGAAAUGCGAAGAUGGCUUCGGGCGAGAGGACUUCUGCCUCAUGAGAGCGCAACGCGUGAAGAGCUGCUUGAGCGCAUAAAAGCCAAUCUGCGCGUGCCGCGCAGAAGCCAAGCUUGAUUUCCGAGUCGGGCAUGGUAUAUGGACGAGCUCCGGAAUAGUGUUUUCUUUUAUCGGCAUGUCAUAGCGUUUGUAGGUU